AGGAAAGAGAACUUGGAGCUGAUGGAGAAACUAGAGAAGUCCAUGUUGGAGAGUCUGUCCAGCGACAUCCGACUGAUGAACGAACUCCCCGCCACCAAAAAACUGGCCGAGCUCAAAAAACAGUACGACGAAACACUGGAUAGCCAAGAGCGAGUCGAGUCUAACGAGGCCACAAACACCAGGAACCGAGAGUUGUCGCGCGAGUUUGCACGGAGGGGAGCAGUGUGCUUCCAUGUGAUGCAGUACUUACGCGAGGUGAACCCUCUAUACCAGGUCUCCUACCAUCAGUUCCAGCAGCUCUACGACUCCGCCAUUGCCCACUCUGAGAGAGCUCAGAGAGCAGAGGAAACUCUGGAGAAGAUCACACACAUGGCGUACACUACAUUUGCCCGGGGUCUGUUGGAGAGAGACAGAUUCAUAUUCACCCUGCUGCUGGCUAUUGAGGUUGAGGAUUCUCUUGGUAACAUAGGACCGGGUGAGCGAGAAUUCCUGGUCUCUCCAAACUACAGCGCAGUAGUCAUGACUAAACUUGGCUUCACCCAACCCCCAGACAGCAAGAUUGUCCAGAUGAAGAAGCCGUUCGACUGGAUGCACGACGACCAGUUCCACAACCUCCAGGUUCUCGCCACGCACUUCGAGUGGUUCCAGGAGAAAUUCGAACGCAUGCCUAAAGAUGGCCGCGAGAUGGAGUGGAGGAUGCUGUGUGAUAACGUAGAGAAGGAGCCGGAGAACAUGCCCCUCCCCGACAAGAUGGACAGCAAGGACUUCGCCCCCAUGAAGCGGCUGCUGGUGGUGCGUGCGGUCAGGAGCGACCGUCUAAUGCAGGCCUCCACCGUAUUCAUACACAGGGUGCUCGGCAAGAACUGGUCUAAUGUAAAUUUAAAGAAGGACUAUAGUGGCAUUCUCCAGGGCCCAGAGCAGGAUUACACGGGGUACUAUGGUGACAUGGGACUGGACCUGUCGGUGAUGUACAAACAGAGCGCCCCUGUCCCCCCCUCCACCCUCUCCCUCCCCAUCCUCCUGCUCUACUCCUUCGAGGCAAAGGCCGCCCAGAGCCGUUUUCUGGACUUCUCCGGGCGGCGACAGGCACCGCGACUGAUGGUCACCAUCACGGACAACUCCCAGGCCACGCGCAGCAAGGUCAGGAAAACCAUCAGGAAGGCCAUCGCAGAGGGAUCCUGGGUGUACCUCCAUAAUGCUCACAAUGCGCCCAACGUCCUGAACAGUCUCGAGUCAUUCCUGGUGGAGAAGCCCAACCCCGAGGGAUUCCGCCUGUGGGUGGCGUGUCAGGCCGACCCCGAGGUCAUCCCAGUCAGACUGCUCCAGAACUCCAUCAAGGCUGUGGUUGAUACACCAAAGGUGAUGAAGGACAGCAUGAUUCGGUCGUUCUCCUGGUUUGAGCCUGACAUACUCAAACAGUCUUCACGCCCAGAGUGGCCAGUGAUGCUGCACAAUAUGUGCUUCCUCCACGCAGCCAUCCAGCUGAGGGCCAGGUUUGGACAGGGGGGCUGGAACUGUCCCCAGGACUUCUUCAACAUCGGCUACAGCUGUCUACAGGAGGCACUUGCCAUAGUUCAGAAUGAGUUCAAGGAACCACUGACCUCAGUGGCGCCCGACGGCUCCCAGAAUUCUCGCUCCGUCUCCUACAACGGCAUCAGAUACAUGGUCGCUGAGAUCGUGUACGGCAGUCAUGUGACGGACUUCUACGACCAGCAGAGUCUGUGUGCUAUGGUGGACUUCUGGCUGUCCUCAGGGGCCCUCAAGAGGGACUUCGAGGUCAAAGGACUGAAGUACCGUCAUCCACAAGCUUUCUUUAAUCCAAACGUUCGGCUGAACACCCUGAUCCAGGCACUAGAUAGCGCUCCGAAUCACAAUCUGGACGUUCCCGAGGGCUGUCACAUCCACCAGACCAUCGUGGAUGAACUUAGUGCGACCCUGCUUGGAGAUGACCAGUACGUGUUCACGCGGCUGAACAAGGUGUUCGACAGCAUGCCCUCUACGCUGACCCUGUCCCACAAGAUGUUCCCGCGACCACCCACCCCGUUCGACGGCCCAGCCCAGGCAGGAAUCAGUAAGACUAGUAAUAACCCAUCCGUGGUUCACCAGGGGGUCUUCUCCACCGCCAGCUACGCCACCCACAAAAUCCGCUUCAAGGACGUGGAGCUGUGGCAGAUCUGCAACGACCUGCUGCAGAAAACGCCCAAAAUCGGCAACAGUAGCAAGUCUUUCCGCGAGUUUGUUGUGGAGAAAAUCCGUAAGCUGCCAGGAGACUACCCCAUCUUUAAUGACUUCAUCAUGAAGGAGUGCGAGAUUCUACAUCAACUGUUGACUGAAGUCAGAAACACCCUCACAACAAUAAGGAACGCCUGUGAGAACAACGUGAUGGGUGACCAGUUGAGUGACCACUACCUGUCCGCCGCUGAUGACCUGUACCACCUGAGGAUUCCAAGGAUCUGGUGUAAGAUGACCGGCACCACAGCACCACCCUACACCUACAAUGCCGCCCAGUGGCUCCGAGAUCUGGAGGACCGCUGGAAACACUUUGAAAAAAUCCUCAGCAUGGGUAGAAAAGCAAUGCCAGCCUACUGGCUAGGAGCUUUUUUCAAUCCUAGAGGACUCUUAGCUUUGCUGAAGCAGGAGGCCAUCAAGAACUACUGUGGGGACAGGUCAGGCAACUUUGAACAGUUCACCUUUCAAACCGACACCACAUUCAGAGACUUUGGGCAUCUACUUCAACCUCCACCAGAGGGUGUCUACAUCCACGGAAUCCACCUAUGGGGCUGCUCCAUUGAGAAGACGACCAAUGAGUUCCAGGACCAGGCCUCACGCCAGGGAUACGCCCCUCUCCCCGUCCUCCAUCUCCAGUGCUACCCAGUCAACGAGAAGCCGGCCCUACAGGAGCCCUCCUUCCAGUGUCCCUUGUAUGCGUCCAGAAUUUCCCCACGUGACCCAAUCAUGGAAAUCGACAUUAAGAAGGAGGGAAUUCCGCCCAUGAGGUGGGCUCUGCGCGGACUGACUGCCACUAUAUGGCCGUAUUAAAUGACAAAGAACAAUGUAGUGUGACUUUGCUGGAGAGUUUUGAAUUUUCUCUCUAUAAAUUGUGAAUGUUUUAGUAGUGGUUUUGAUUAAAGUUAAUUGACUGGUAUAGAUCUGAUUUUCCGAGAUCUUUAGUAAAAAACUGUUGAUGGUUUUAUAUUAUUUAAAUGUGAUUCUUAUAUAUGUUUUUUUUAACUGGUAUGCAAUACAUUAUCAUAGCAUUAUGUAGCCAAAUCCCAUUCCAUGGUUUUAUCGCCUAUUAAUUUUGUUUAUGUGAAAAUCCGUCCAGUUGUGUUUCACACUGUGAUAAAAUAUAUAGGGAGGACUGUAGACUCCCUAAAGCCUAGCGAUUUAUUUAUAGAAUGUUGGUUUUCCUUGACAGUGAUGCAUUAAGUAUUUGUUUAUACCAUUGUUGAUAUUUUAUAUAUUUAAAAUAU